CCUUCUUCUCCUACUGUCACCCCCAUAAUUCUCUCCGCCAUCCCUCUGCCUUCUCUGCUCUGCUCUGCUCUCUCUCCCUCUUUGUCUCUCUGUGUUUCUCUGUGGAGGUCGUAGAUCGUCGACAAUGGCAGCCGAAUCGAGACCCGCGCCGACCCCUCUGCUGAAGGACGAGCUCGACAUCGUCAUCCCGACCAUCAGGAACCUCGACUUCCUCGAGAUGUGGCGGCCCUUCUUCCAACCCUACCACCUCAUCAUCGUCCAGGACGGUGACCCCAACAAGACCAUCAAGGUCCCAGAGGGCUUCGACUACGAGCUCUACAACCGCAACGACAUCAACCGCAUUCUCGGCCCCAAGGCCUCCUGUAUCUCCUUCAAGGACUCCGCCUGCCGCUGCUUCGGCUACAUGGUCUCCAAGAAGAAGUACAUCUACACCAUCGACGACGAUUGCUUCGUCGCCAAAGACCCAAGUGGGAAGGACAUCAAUGCCCUUGAGCAGCACAUCAAGAACCUCCUCUGCCCGUCAACCCCAUUCUUCUUCAACACCCUUUAUGACCCAUACAGAGAUGGUGCUGACUUCGUCCGAGGAUACCCUUUCAGCCUCCGUGAUGGUGCCCCCACUGCUGUUUCCCAUGGUCUGUGGCUCAACAUUCCUGACUAUGAUGCCCCUACCCAGCUAGUCAAGCCUCUCGAGAGGAACACUAGGUACGUUGAUGCUGUCAUGACAAUUCCCAAGGGAACUCUAUUUCCCAUGUGCGGGAUGAACCUUGGAUUCAACCGGGAGUUGAUCGGCCCUGCAAUGUACUUUGGGCUAAUGGGCGAUGGUCAGCCCAUUGGACGAUAUGAUGACAUGUGGGCUGGCUGGUGCACAAAGGUCAUCUGCGACCACUUGGGGCUGGGUGUUAAGACCGGCCUGCCCUACAUCUGGCACAGCAAGGCAAGCAACCCGUUCGUGAACUUGAGGAAGGAGUACAAGGGCAUCUUCUGGCAAGAGGAGCUGAUCCCAUUCUUCCAGCAGGUCACCCUCCCUAAAGACUGCACCACAGUGCAGAAAUGCUACAUCGAGAUCUCCAAGCAGGUCAAGGCCAAGCUUGGUAAGGUGGACGACUACUUCAACAAGCUUGCCGAUGCCAUGGUGACCUGGAUCGAGGCCUGGGAUGAGCUCAACCCUGCCGGGGCCGAGUCUGCUUUGCCCAACGGACCCUCGAAGUAGGGAAGUUUGAUUCGGCAUUUUUCCUAGUCGGUAGACUAGUUAUUAUGUAACUUAAGGAGCGGGCCAUCAUAUCCUAGUUCUAGCUUAGUUUACAUUGGAGUUCGGAUUAAUUUAUGUUUUGAGGCUGGAUGCAUUUUGAAGUUUUUAUUUUCUUUUCCUUUGAGUUUAGGGCAAUAAGCAGCGGGUUCUUAUGGGUUUAUAUAUUGAUUUAGACAUGGUUAUCUUAUUUGUUCACCUCUAAUACAGUCUAUGGCGUUGGCUUCUUUAGAUUA